GCAGACGUGAUUAACGGCGGCGUCAUGCUGUAUUUCAAACCCAGCAGCAGCGAGAGGGAAGGGAACGAUUGAGCAGGAAAAAAAGAAAAGAAGGGGGGAUGUUUGGAUGACUUUCCCGAGAGACUCGUUGACAGCGCUUCACACUCACUUGGGGAUAAACCUGCUGCUUACUUUCUUUCGGUGUGCCGCGCAGAACAUAGACGAACAAGGUCUUUUACCAGAAAAUAUUUAUGGGGACUAACGGCCUGCUUUUUUAUAUCACGCUGACGCUUGUGUGAAGUUCCAGACGGGAUUUUCGCGGAAUUUCUGUGCGCAUGUAAGACUGACGUGACUUACUUGGAUGUGAUAUUGUUACCGUCUGCGCCAGCUGCAGUGCUCUUUCUGGUGCUCUUUCUGGCUGUUACUGAAAAAAAGAAAAGAAAAGAAAAGAAGAAGCUGAUUCUUCGUUUUGCUUCUGAGACAUGGAUAGAGAGUUCUGAAGCCGGAUUUUGCAAGCCUUUAACCUGGAGUCGGGAAGUAAAUGACAUUCUCUGCGGUUCGCUGGGACGGGAAUAGGUGCAGAGCUAAACCGGCUAAAGCAUCGCAGGUCCGGGAGAGUGAAAAAGGGCAGGUGCGCUUUGGAGUCAGCGACUGCGCGGAGAGCGGACCGGUGGAUUAGGACGGUACCUGCGUGUGCUGUGGAGAGCGCAUCAUGCGGACUCGGAUGUCGCGCACAAUGAGCCAUUAAAACCUGUAGGCUGGAGCGAAAACAGAUAAGCGGAUAUGGGCUCUGCUCUGCAGCGUCGCUGGCUAUUGUUCCAACUCCUGAUGCAGGUGUGGCUAGCAGCAAAUCCAUCUCUAAGUGAUCGCCACUGCCCUAAGAGUUGUCGCUGUGAUGGAAAAAUUGUCUACUGUGAGUCAAGCGCCUUUCGUGAUGUCCCCAAGAACCUUUCAGGAGGCUGUGAGGGCCUGUCGCUGCGGUACAACAGUCUCUCCAGUCUUCGCGCAGGACAGUUUGUUGGCCUCAACCAUCUUAUUUGGCUCUACUUGGACCAUAAUUACAUUGCCUCUGUAGAUGCAAUGGCAUUCCAGGGAGUCCGCAGGCUUAAAGAACUGAUUCUAAGUUCGAACAAGAUCACGUCGCUCCAUAAUACAACAUUUCAUCCUGUCCCUAAUUUGCGGAAUUUGGACUUGUCGUACAAUAAACUGCAAGCCUUGCAACUUGGGCAAUUCCAAGGGUUACGUAAACUUCUUAGUCUUCACAUACGAUCUAAUUCACUAAAAACUCUCCCAAUGCGUCUUUUUCAAGAUUGCAGAAAUCUUGAAUUCCUUGACCUUGGUUACAAUCGCCUCCGGAGUAUCACUCGAAAUGCACUUUCUGGACUUGUCAAACUCACUGAGUUGCAUUUGGAGCACAAUCAGUUCUCCAAGAUAAAUUUUUCCCAUUUUCCUCGACUCUACAAUCUACGGGCUCUUUACCUGCAGUGGAAUCGCAUUCGAUCAAUGAGCCAGGGCUUGACUUGGACCUGGGCCUCUGUCCAAAAACUGGAUCUGUCAGGGAAUGAACUGACAGAAGUAGAUCCCAUAGUUUACCAAUGCUUACCAAACCUGCAGACUCUCAAUCUGGACUCCAAUAAGCUGACAAAUGUUUCUCAGGAGGUUGUUGAUGCUUGGAUCUCACUGACCAUGAUUAGUUUAGCAGGAAAUGUUUGGGACUGUAGCCCUGCCAUCUGUCCUCUUGUGGCUUGGCUGAGAAAUUUUAGAGGGGCAAAAGAGACCACAAUGAUUUGUGCCUCUCCCAAGAAAGCUCAAGGAGAGAAGGUGAUGGAUGCGAUUGAAGCAUUUGGGGUUUGCCAAUCCAACCAAGGACCAGUACUCACAGUGAACAUUACUCCAAACCUAUCCAGGGUCCCUGUACAGACAGAAUAUAACCCAUCUGUUCUGGCUUUGACAACUAGCUCGGGAAAGAGAUCUGAGGGAUCUCUUUGGGGUCCUACUUCAUUGGCAGUUACCCCACCUGUUGCACUUCCUCCAGAGCAAGACUUAGAGCCUGUCUCCUUCCAUAAGAUUGUGGCUGGAAGUGUUGCCCUGUUUCUGUCCGUUGCAAUGAUCCUCUUGGUAAUUUAUGUGUCCUGGAAGCGCUAUCCUAACAGCGUGAAACAGCUCCAGGAGCACUCUGCCGCGGCUCGCAAGCGUCGCAAGAAACCCCGAGAGACGGAGCGCACCCUUAGCUCCCCUCUGCAGGAGUACUAUGUGGACUACAAGCCCAACAAUUCUGAGGCCAUGGAUGUGCUCGUCAAUGGAACUGGACCAUGCACCUACACCAUCUCAGGCUCCCGAGAAUGCGAGGUCCCACACCAGAUGGGUGCCCUAACCUUUUACCGCUAUGAACAGCCCAUUGUAGACUACUGCCAGGCCCAUCAACCCCUGCGGCUCAACAUGGGAUACGAAGGCCCACCUCAGGGACUGGAAGGACUUGAAGACCUGGGGCCAUGUGACAGGGGCACAAUACAGACGGUGGCCUUGCCUGCAGUGCCCUCUGUUGCCAGCAUAGGUGGCCCUGUGCCAGGGGCCCGGUCCCCUCCUCCGCCCCUCAUGCAACAAACUGAAGGUCCCAGCAGCGGCCCUUAUCCUCCCCCAGAACGCACCGGAACUCUUAAAUUCGGACGCUAAAGAGUCUGGCUGUUAGAGGUGGGAGAAAAGCCUGUGAUUCACCAUUACUUUUGAAAGGAAGGGAGCAGGUGAGGUGGUUCAAUGGGGCCUUGUUUUUACCACAUGGACGAACGGACUACAUUUUCAAAAUAUGCCUGGAGGGUUUUGGCACAGGGAAUACACAGUCUUACAGUAAUAUAACAUGGUGGGACAUUCAUCAUUAUGAAUUUCUUUUAAAAGCAGCUAAUAGAAAAAAAAGCCCUUACUACCUACUCAUGAAAAGUAAUUUAGCAGAUGAUGAAAAGAGUUGCUUUGUGGCCUAAUCUGGUCUUCAUCAUAUCUGAUGUCAGCCCAAUGGCUUACGUGUCCACAGUGGCAGCAGUCAGCUUCUGCAAUGUCAGGAGUGAAAGGGGACGUGCAAUAAACAAAAUGUCUCGAUCAUAGAACAUAGCAGUAACUCGACAGAUCUCUGAGGUUUUGUGAAGCACAGGAGGCUUCUUACUGUAAUUAGAAAAUUCAUCUCACAAGCUGUUGACAAAGUGAGACCUGCAUUAUCGUUCCAGAAAUAAUCACAUUCAGACUUACCUUUGUUCUGUUUUGUUGGAUGUUGUAUUUAGAACUGAAUUCAAUUUCUGUGCAUGUUAAACCAAAGAGUUUAUUAAGGAUUUCUUUAAGGCACAUACAUAAAAUAUCAGUUGUAUUACACAACAAGCCCCUGCCAGUUCGCACUUAACCGCCAAAGCCCCCUGCUGUUUAAUACAAACUUUGCAGAUGAGCAAAGCACUCAAGCAUGAGUCAGGUCAGGUAGCUGAACUGAGAUGUUGGACAGAUUUAUUAUAGUCAUGAAAUGUAUAAGGGAAACCAUGAACUACAGCUACCAAAGCAGUAUGUUCAAAUAAUAAUAGAAAACAUAUAGGUGCCCUUUAGGAAGUAAAUGGCUAAUCACUGUACGUGAAUAUACCCCCAACUGGAUGACUCACUUGUCUUUAGGAAACCUUUCAUGUGGAUAUUCAUGAGAAAAUAAGUACAUUUAGAUGAACAUGUGUACAUAUUAUUCAAAAGUUGAGCCUAUUGAAAGAGUAACCACUCUCACUGCCCCAAAAUUGUCAUUCGAAACAAAUCAAUGAUUGACUUUCAUCGGAAUGGACUACAGAAGGAGCACCACGCUCCUCUUUCCCUGCCGCCACAGAGAACAACACUGCUGACUGGAGGCAUGUUAAACCAGCAAGCUGACUUCUCUUUGACCUGCAUAUGAACCCAUGGACUGUAUUGGGAAUAUUACCAGACAUGUUUAUUUUUUUUGUUGUUGUUCUAAAAAGCGUGCAAUGGAGUUUUAUGCACUCAGUAACCCUGUGGCCGCUGUGUUGAGCACUUCUUAUGGAGCCGUUGGGGACUUAACAUACAGCAGCGACAGGCUGUCAAGUAUAGUCUCUGGCUCGGGCCAGAGUGUUGUGGAAGCUGACCACAACAAGCCGGGGUGACACACAGUUCAAACAGAUCAAUGCAUCCUUACGAUGGGAAUAUAAGAAGCAAAUUAUUAUUAUUUUUUUUUUCUUUUCUCUUUUUGAGAUAAAUCGAAAGUUUCUAAGGUGUUUAAAGAUGAUGUCAAGAAAUUCCAUAAGACUCCCAGAGGGACUAAAUAAAACAGAACUCAAUCAUUGUGUAAAUAAAAAGUCUUUAAGAAGAAAAAAAAGGUACAAACUUCACUUCUUCUGAAACACAAACUGUGAACAGAAGAGGAGCCUUAUUGACGUUCCAGUGGGAAUAUUACCAGAAACAUACCAGGACGACUCGGUGAGGAAGUUCUUAUUGUAAUGCUCUUGUUGUUUCAAUGAUAAAUAUUUUUCUAUCUGCUCCCUUCAUGAUAUUGCCAUUUAAUUCAAAUGAUAUGGAUAUUCUUUCUUAAACCCAGUUCAUUUUACCUAAUCACAUUUUGAAGGAAGGAUUGAAACCAGUCUUAUUUGUGAAGUUCUCUGAACGGCCUCUGUAUUCUUUGUUCUCACACUUGUACAUGUUAGAGAGGUAUACCUUCAGGUUGUGGUCACAUGGUUUGUUAUUUGUAACACAGUAUGUUCAUCAGAUUUUAGAAUUUUCAUGCUAUCUGCCAUUCAAAGAUUUCCUGUGUGGAGAAGAAGUGUGCUAAAUUGUGAGAAAAGGUGUUCCUGUGCCAUUAUUUUUGUAUGCGUUCUACCAAAAACCAGGCCCAGACACAAGUGACUCAGAUGUUAUCACCGCAUUGCAACCUCAAAAGGGUUCAUUCCCGUUUAUGUACAGGUCAUCACAUUAAAAAAAAAAAAAAAAAAAAUACAGUUGAGUCACUCGAUACGGUUGUUUUUUAGUGCUGGUGGAGUUUACUUUGUAAUUACAGCUGUGCCAAUGUCUUUAUAAUGGGAGCUCUCAGUUCUACCCAUGUAUUAUUGUCUUGCCUUGCUCUAUAUCACUCCUAUUAACUCCCUGGCCUGAAUUUCAUGUCUGCUGCUUGGUGACUCAGGUGAACCUGUUAAGCUUAGUUCUAUUUCUGUCCGCAUGUUUAUAUAUUGGGAAACUUUGUCCAGCUGGGGAAGAAGACAAACCAUGAGACAGAUAUUUCCAGCCACGAAUGGCCUAGAACCAGCAGCACGUGUCUAACCACAUCUCUGUUUCAAACGCAUUUCAUUUGCUGACCCGUUCAUGCUUAUGUCUUGUCUGAUAUGAAAUUUCCCAACAUUCUAAGCCACAAAGAAGAAAAACACUUUUAUCAGACACACAAAAUCACAUGAGAAAUUUUCCUUUUAUAUUCCCUCAUGUAUGUCAUAUUUAUGUUAGGUUCAAAACAUUAUUAGGUCAAUUUUAUUGGCAGAAAAAGAUUAAAACUACUUUGUCCUCCACAUUUAAUUAGAAAAUUGUAAUGAAAUAUAUGUAUUUAAAGUUACAAACCAAUGGUGGAUUAAUCAUGACUACAUCCCUGAAAAUAUUAGAUAUAUUCAGUGGAACUUUGAAUCCUCCUGCCAGUAUUUAUACAGUCUUUUGUCCAUCUCUUUUGGGUCUACUGUACAGCAGCCACAUCAUGGCUCACAGAGAGCCAGGAUGUGGUACUUUACGUCUUGUUUUACAACCAAAAAUAUUUCAAAACACCAAAAAGCUUCUUUGCUAUAAGCAUGGGAAUAAUCUGUUCUAUAUAAUAAUAUAAAAAUCCAGAAUAAAGUUUAAAAAAACUUUAAACAGUGAGAAAGGUAGGAAGGAAAAAUUUUAAGUUUUGAAACUUAUUCGAAAUACAACGAGAAUUUGUCUUCACCUAGAAUCUGACUUUUUUUUUUUAAACUCAGGCAUUUAUUGUCUCCACCAUUAACACUGGAAUUACUGUUGUUUAAUGCUAUCUUUGCUAACAAUGCUAAUUGCAAAUAAAUGAUCAUUUCAUCUUUGCUUUCAAAUAGUAAAAACCAUAUUUUAUAGUAACUUCUUUCAGUGUUUCACAUCACAUUUCCUCAUUUCUGGUGGGGAAAAAAAAAUUCUAAAAAAUAUAUUUAUAUAUUGCAGUCUUGAAAGAAAAUCUCGAAUCAGUAAAUAUUAGACACAAAAAGUAAAAGCUGUAGAUUAGAUGUCGUCCAUAAAAUUCCGACUAUUGCAUCUCAAAAUGUAGCUUUUCAAAACCUGACUAUAUGUCAAAGCCAGAAAGUGUCCCAUACCUGAAGAAUUUAUGUUAUAUAAAAAAUAUGGAGACACGAGUGGAUAAUUAUAAGAUUUUUUUACUUCAUUACUGUUGCAGAUUUCUGAGCAAUCUAAGUAACUUUAUUUUUUCCUGUAAGACAUGAUACAACCUCACCCAAACACUGACUUUAUACCCACACUGGUAAUAGUUACCAGUGUUCAUUUUCAACACACAGUUAAAACAAAAGACAUUCCAAGCUGUAUUAUAUUAUUAUAUACUCUUACAAAAACACAUAAUUCACAAUAAUACCGAAAAGUCACUAUUAACUUGCCUCUCUAGUCCAUACAGAACAUGCAUAAAUGCAUAUGUUCACACAAGAAGCAAAGUAAUAACAAAAAAUGACAUUGCAUAUAUCUUGAUAAACGAUAAUAAAUUACUGCAGGACUUGACACAGCUAUCCACUUCAGUUCACCCAAGGCCAUCUGUGAUGGUUCACUAGGAAGUAAUACAUUACCUGAUAAACAGAGUUGAAAAAAUUAAUUUUGAACCAGACAUGGAUUUGCGGCUUGUUCUUCUAUGCCAUACAUCUGUGUCUUACCAGCAGGCAGUACUGGAGUAUGCCCAUACAGCACACAUUCAUGAGUCUUCAGAGUCAAGUUAGCAUGUGUACACAUGGAGUCUGGGACCGGCUAGGAGAAAAUAUGCUAAUCCUUAUGAUGUGCCAAUUUCCAGUUGGAUUUUCUUGAAUUUGCUGGAUGUAUUUGGUCCUACAACAUUGAGACUUUUUAAAGACAAUGAGACUUGAAGCAUUGCUACUGAUUGAGCCCCCCUGCAUGUACCCAGACGGCCUGCGUGCGUGCGUAUGUGUGUGUGUCUGCGUCUACUGUACAGCAGCACCUACUCCUCUACCUCCUGUGAACGAACAUCACCAUUACUGAUGUUCUUGCCAACCCGCGCCCCAUUGAUUGUUAUUGUUCCACGCUGUUUCACAUUAGCAGGAAGUCUUUAACCUUCGACCCUCGUUGUUCCAGUUCUGUUUUUCUGCCAUUGCUCAUGUCAGAGGUGGCACAGAAAAAGAAAGGCAUGAUCAUUAACCUCUGUCGGGAAGACACACAUUUUCGUUUGUCUGACAAAGCCCUAAUUGGAUUUAAUGUAAGCACUUAAGAGAAGAAGGUUUUUUUAAAUUUUAUUUAAAUGGGCUUAAUUGUUCUCUUGCAGUUGGAAUGAGAGUGCCGUGUGAGAGCAAGCAGCAGGAUCCUGACAGAGAGCAAUAUCAGAAUUAGUCAUUGUUACAUGUGGGGUUAGACACUUUUACAUUCUUAUUUGUUUUUCAUUUCUUUUUUUUAAUGUUUGCUCCUUUCUGAAUGCUUUCAAUCCAACCACAGAAUCCCCACCGACUCUGUUUCAUCCAUUUCCUGCACAGAGCGUUGUUUCUUUUUUAUGUAAGUUGUAAAUAUGCGCUUUACUGUUUUCUUUACUAGUUGGUUCGUUGUUACUUUUUUAAAACUUUUAUUUUGUUUUUUAAUUAUUAUUGUAUCAAAAACUAAGGCAUUUUUUUUUCUGUGAAGACCUGGUCCAAGCGCAAAAAUAUGGCUCUUCUAUGAGUAUAUUAUUGUCAGAAAAUGUUUUGUAAAAAUUUUGAUGAUGAUAUAAGAAAUAAAACUAUAAAGGU